AUGCUUGUCAUCUCCACCUGCCUCUCCUUGCUCUUCACCAACCUCAGAAAGCAACUCAGAGACAACACCCACAAGGCUAAUAAGGCUCCGGCUUCCAUGGAGGAGGCUGUGACUGUGUAUCAGGAGAAGAGCAUUGUGCCACAAGAUGGGGUGCCGGACGAUGCGCCGGAGGAUUUGAUGGGAAGCCUAUCAGAUUCUUCAGAGUGCACGACGAACGACGAGAAGGGCACCGAGGAAGGCUCAGUGUCAGAUGAAGCUGACGACGACGACGACGACGACGAGAGCCUCAUUGAGAUCUCCCUUGUCGAUGGGCACUACGUGGGCGGCGCAGAGCAAGCUGAACAGCGACGCGCAUACAACUACAAGAAGGACCUCCUCGCGGAGUUCCUGCCGGAUUUGCUGCUGGACAGGAGAGAUUUCUUCGACAUGUUGUCAGAGAUCAGCGAGGAGGACAGCCUGAUCGAGAUUGACAUCGCAAGAGGCUCCAUCAAGUGCUCCAACUAG